GUAGAAUUAGCAGCCAUAUAUGAAAACCAAAGAAGAGCGUGUAGCGUGCGUAGAAUAAUCGAAUCACGACAGAAACAAUAACACAACUUAAAGGGGCAAUAUUUACAUUCCUAACAAUUGCUUAAAAGCAGAGUUGCCAUCAUGGCCAGCGGUCCAGGCGUGAGGGUCAGCAUAGAGUCUUUCUGUGAGAAGCAGGUGCAGGAGGUUGCCCUGGAUGGAACUGAGACGUACGUGCCGCCCCUGUCCAUGUCCCAGAACUUGGCUAAGUUGGCGCAACGGAUUGACUUCAGCCAAGGAUCCGACUCUGAGGAAGAGGGAACCAACAGCGAAUCCCGGGAUCGCGAGUGGUGCAAACAUGACCUGGAGGAAGAAGAAGGAACAGUAAAGUUCCAGCCCUCCCUGUGGCCUUGGGAUUCCGUCCGCAACAACCUGCGUAGUUCCCUCACCGAAAUGUGUGUCCUCUAUGAUGUGCUCUGCGUGGUGAAGGAGAAGAAGUACAUGGCGCUAGACCCAGUGUCUCAAGAUCCGUCCAUGAGCAAGACCCCUCAGGUGUUCCAACUGAUGAGCAAAAAGAAAUCGUUGGCCACCGCAGCGCAGCUCCUCCUGAAGGGUGCCGAGAAGCUCAACAAGUCUGUCGCGGAGAACCUGGAGAACCGCAGACAGCGGGACUUCAACGCGGAGCUGCUGCGAUUGCGCUCGCAGUGGAAGCUGCGCAAAGUCGGCGACAAGAUCCUGGGAGACCUCAGCUACCGGAGUGCAGGCUCACUGUUUCCUCAUCACGGCUCAUUUGAGGUGCUCAAGAACACGGAUAUCGAUCUGGACAAAAAGAUCCCGGAGGACUACUGUCCCCUUGACGUGCAGAUCCCCAGUGAUCUUGAGGGAUCUGCCUACAUCAAGGUUUCCAUCCAGAAGCAAGCUCCAGACAUUGGUGAUCUCGGAACAGUCAAUUUGUUCAGGCGACAACCAAAAACCAAAGGAGGUUCGCAGCCGUGGCACGUGAAGCUGGAGGCGGCUCAGAACGUUCUGCUCUGCAAGGAGAUCUUUGCGCAGUUGUCUCGGGAAGCCGUCCAGAUCAAAUCUCAAAUCCCUCACAUUGUCGUGAAGAAUCAGAUCAUCUCACAGCCCUUCCCAGGUUUGCAACUCUCCAUCUCAUUGUGCCACUCGACGACAGAGAAGAGGAACCAUCGGGCCUCACCGGAGAGACCCAAACCAGACGACCAUCUUUACGUACUGGAACAUAACCUGCAUCAGAUGAUGCGAGAGUUCCACAAGCAGCAGCUGAGUUCCAUGGUGAUGCCGCAUCCCGCCACCGCCCCAUUUGGCCACAAGCGCCUGCGUCUGGCAGGUCCGCUGGCCUACGACAAGGCCGAAAUUAGCAACUUGCAGCAACGAGAAGGUCUCCUGGAGAAGAUCAUCAAACAGGCCAAGCACAUCUUCCUACGGAGCCGAACGGCGCGCACCAUCGACAGCCUGGCCAGCCGCAUCGAAGACCCUCAAAUUCAAGCUCACUGGUCCAACAUCAACGACGUGUACGAGUCAAGCGUCAAAGUGCUGAUCACCUCUCAGAGCUACGAGCAAAUCUGCAAGUCCAUCCAGCUGCAGCUCAACAUCGGCGUGGAGCAGAUCCGAGUGGUCCAUCGAGACGGCCGCGUCGUCACUCUGUCGCAUCAGGAGCAGGAGCUGCAGGACUUCCUCCUCUCCCAGAUGUCCCAGCACCAGGUGCACGCCGUGCAGCAGCUGGCCAAAGUGAUGGGCUGGCACGUGCUGAGCUUCAGCAACCACGUCGGCGUCGGCCCGGUGGAGAGCAUCGGGAACGCUUCGGCCGUCACCGUGGCGUCUCCCAACGGAGAGUACGCCAUCUCAGUGCGUAACGGUCCCGAGAGCGGGUGCAGGGUUUUGGUCCAGUUCCCCCGCAACCAGACCAAGGACCUGCCCAAGAGUGAGAUCAUCCAGGACAGCAAGUGGAGCCACCUCAGGGGUCCGUACAAGGAGGUCCACUGGAACAAGAUGGAGGGACGCAACUUUGUCUACAAGAUGGAGCUCCUCAUGGCCGCCCUUACCCCUUGCCCUUAAUUCCAACACUCCCCGGGUGGACCAGCAACUUAGCCAUGUUACAAAAAA